AUGGCCGAGGAGGAGCGCACCGAGGAAGCCGUGCCGCCGACAGACGAGGCAGAACAACAACAGUACCACCACCAGGCCCCACAGCACCAACAUCAACAGUCUUUUGAAGAGGAGGAAGAGGAGGACAUCCCCGACGAGAGCUCCGAGGACGAGGCGGUCGACCGCACCGUCCAAGCCGACAUGGAAAAGCUGCAAGGCGACUUUCCCGGCUUUCGCAACAAGUACCGCCUGAUAAAGCGAAUUGGCGAAGGCACCUUCUCGACCGUCUACAAGGCUGAAGACAUCAUGUACGACCACUUUGACAACAGCUGGGACAUCGAAGACGACUCGACCAAGUGGACGCCGCCGCCGCUGAAGCGCACCACAAGCCAAUCGUCGCACCGGUCCCCUCGCCGCAAGGCCCGUUACGUCGCCAUCAAGAAGAUUUACGUCACUUCCAGCCCCUCACGCAUCCUCAACGAGAUCGAACUCCUCCACGACUUACGCCAAUGCCCUUCCGUCUGUCCCUUGAUCACCGCCUUCCGCCAUACCGAUCAGGUCGUGGCCAUCCUGCCGUACUUUCGCCACGGGGACUUUCGCGCUUACUUCCGGGACAUGACCAUAUCAGACAUUGCUAUUUACCUACGCUCGCUCUUCACGGCCCUCAAGAGCGUUCACGACCACAAGAUUCUCCAUAGAGACAUCAAACCUACCAACUUCCUGUACGAUCCGGCCACGCAGCGCGGUGUGCUUGUUGACUUUGGCCUCGCUGAGCGGGAGGGCUCGGACUGCAAGCCAUGUCUCUGUCACGAAACGCGGGAUACCCGCAAGCAUCGCCAGGCAAAUUCGGCCUGGGCACAAAAUUCAACCAACCCACAGGUCGGGUAUCCCAAAUCCGACACCCGUUCCUCCCGCCGUGCAAAUCGCGCCGGCACCAGGGGUUUCCGUGCCCCUGAGGUCCUUUUCAAGUGCACUGAACAGACGACCUCGAUUGACAUUUGGUCUGCGGGGGUUAUUCUGCUGACGAUAAUGUCGAAGCGUUUUCCCUUUUUCAACUCGGCCGACGAUGUUGAAGCUAUGAUAGAGAUUGCUACUAUCUUUGGCACCAAACGCAUGAAGGCUGCUGGGUUGCUGCAUGGCUGUGCCUUUGAGACUAGCAUCCCCACAGUGGGACAACAAGGGUUUAGCAUGGAGAAGAUUAUUCUUUGGAGCACAUGCCGAACCGACGAUAAGCCCUUGACACCUGACGAGAAAUUGGCGGUCAGGUUCCUCGAACGCUGCAUGGAGUUGGAUCCAAGCAGGAGAAUCACUGCCGAGCAAGCGCUGGAGCACGAGUUUCUAAGAGUCGAUAACCCCGCCAGUCAAGAGCUGGGGGAUGAGGAUGAGAUGGACAUGUUGCAUGCCUAG